AUCGAUAUUCGAUUAAUAGCCUGAAGUUCUGCUGUACUGCAAAGCUAACAAACUGUAGGGUUUCGUAAAUUGAUUUAGUUGUUGUGUGUGAAUGUUAGAGAAGUUUUGAAAUAAACCGGUAAAUAAUUUAUGAAAUGGAUCGUGGUAAAGGUGUUAACAAUGCGAGAGGACAAAAGAAAUCGUCCGGACCGAUGGGAAAUGAAUUUUUCGCUUUAGGUGCGAAAAGCAGCCGAGAGGAUACUAAAAAGAUAUCUUCAUGUAAAGGAAACAAUAUGGUUUCUGAUCGUAAACGCGAAGCUCCUUCUACUGUAUCGAACGCAAGUAAAAAGGCGAAGCUAAUGCGUUUCGAGGAAUCGUCGGGAUUCACAAUACACGAAUCAUGGGAUCAAUUUGCAAUUGAAUGUGAAACAACAAAUUUGAUUAAUGCAAUAAAGGAUAAUAUUGAUCAGUUUGAUGAUAAUUUUUUGCGUAUUGUGUGCGGAUCAGUAAAACAACUUAUGGAGCCAUAUACUAGAAAUAAAAUUGAUUACGUGCUUUAUUAUAGUUUAUUCUACUUGGCAAAACUAAAACCAAAUUUUUUUAGGAAGGAUAUCCUUAGUUCAGCUCUUCUCUAUAUAUUACGUAGAGAUGUAAACAUUAAAAUAAAGCAAAGUUCCAAUUCUCAGGCUAUUGCAUCUAAUUUGCUAACCAAAGCAUUCUAUGACAGAAAUAACUGGCCUGAAUAUUUAAUUCGUAUUUAUAUAGAAGAUGCAAUAAAUGAACGAAUAUGGGCAGAUAAUGAUUUUUGUAUGCCAUAUAUAAAAAAUAUUUGUUAUAUUUUUAACACGAAAAUUCCCCCAAACAACGCUAUGCAGCUUGAAACUCCUGCGUUCGGAGGGUCAGUGGGGCAACAACAUCGAGAAAUGCAAUUAUGUUUAGAGGAUGACUCCGGUGAUGGAAGUUCAAACACAAUUGAUUCUAUGGGAUUUGGAAUUGAUACAGAUGCCCCGUUUUUAAUUGCCAAUCGUUUCUCCGAUAUUGAAAACACAGUGGAAAAAAUGGUGGUAGACGCAAUAAAAGAACAGUUAAAUAAAAGACAACAAACAGACUGGUACACUAGAAACUUUUUAAAAUUUCUAUGUUCCACAGCUGGAUUAGGCGAAGUGCGUUAUCUUUGUAUAACUCGACUUGAAUUGUGGAUCCAUAAUGGCAAACUUGUAAAAUAUGCCCAGCAGCUUUUAUACUAUAUAUGUUAUAAUAUUAAAGAUAAUCAUAUAAAGGACCAUGAAGUAUUGGCAAUACUUGUCAAAAUAAGAUUAAAAACUAAGCCUUCUUUGAACUUUUUUAUGUUUUGUAUUAAAGAAAUGAUAAUACAGCAACCAAAAGUGCUUAGAUUAAUUUUAAAGCUAGUAGUACAGAAUGAACUAUCAAAUACAAGAAAUCCGAAUAACAUGGGAAUGCUUGCUACAAUGUUUCAAACAUCACCGGAGCAGUCUUCUCAUUAUCUUGCCGAAAUUUAUAAAGAAUUUUUAUUACAACGCGAAGAUUGUUUACGUACGUUAAGAGUAUUUUUGCGUGAACUGGUGCGUGUGCUUCGUUAUGAUAUGAAUAUUGUAAAGUUCUGUAAAUCAUUUAUGAGCACUAGAAUUGAUUUGAUGGAACAAGUUGAACAUUCGGAAUUCAAGGAGAGAAUUUUCCAUUCCAUGGUUGAUAUUAUUUGCCUUUGUAUGUUAUUAUCGGUUUCUCCGCAAAUUCGGGAAGCUUGCAUUUUAUUACGCUCCAACAAGGAAAUAAAAAAUAAUCCAUUAUUGCUGAACUUUUAUAACCAAAUGUCUCAAAUUCAAUUGGAAGCAGUUUCUUGGAUGUACGAAACGGUUCCAAAUCUUUUCAAGAUACAAAGUUCGGAAUACAGCCAGGCCCUCCAUAAACUUUUACUUUUGGACAGUCCCGAGCAAUAUUCACGAUGUGAUCAAUGGCCAUCAGAACCGGAGAGAGGUACGCUUUUAAGGAUUGUUUCGGAAACCCCAGUUUUGGAAGAUACACUUCUGCGAAUUAUACUUAUAGGCAUUACUAAAGAUAUACCUUUGACAAUACCGGAAACUAUAGAUAUCAUAAUGAUGGUUAUUAAGAGAGCUUCAUCAAUGAGAAUUCUUAAUUAUCCAGCAGUGCAAGCCAAUAAGUAUGAUGUCAUUGACUUUCUUUUCAACAUGGUGGAAUAUCACUAUCCCGAAAAUAUAAAUUUGCCAUUGGAUUACGUUCCACCAAAGCUAGCUAUUACUAUAUUAUAUUGGAAAGCGUGGAUUAUAAUGCUUAUGAUUUCUGCUCAUAAUCCCUCAACUUUCGGAGCAUUUUGUUGGAAACAUUAUCCUACAAUGAAGGCUUUAAUUGAGAUGUGUAUCACGAACCAGUUUAGCGAACAGAAUCCUGGAAAAGAGGAACUUCAGUUGGUUUCUCUUGAAAAAGCCCAAAUACUUCAGUUGGAAUCAUAUUUGGCAGCACAAACUUCACAAGCUAUUAUUACUGAGGAUAAUGCGAUAUUAAUAUCACAGUUAAUGCUAAUGGACCCAAUGGGGCAGGUUCGAAGAAUUCCUAAUAGUGUUUUGGAACAGGUGAAAGGACUAAAUAAAAGUUUAAAGUUGGGAUACCUACUAUGUCGCUGCCGUAGGCCUGAUUUACUGCUUGAUAUAAUUCAACGACAAGGUACAACGAAGUCUAUGCCAUGGCUUUCAGAUCUGGUACAGAGCAGUGAAGGUGAUUUCAGUCACCUUCCAGUGCAAUGUUUAUGUGAGUUCCUGUUAUUUAACACCAAUGCAAUUACUGAAGAAAAUAAUCGGGAUGGAGAAUUGGUUUGUUACUUGAGAAAUCUUGUAAUGGAAGAACAAUAUCAGAAAAGGACUGUCUGCGAAGUUUUAGACUACAUUUUUCGGAGAUUGUCAUCAACAGUUAAACAAUCGCGAAACGCUGCAAUAUGCGGCUUAAAAAUUAUUUUUAAAGAUAACACUGAGUUAAAUGAUUGGCUAUUAAAGUCAAUACCACAGAUUCCAUGUUUUAAAGAAGCGCUAUCUUUUAUAAUACCACAACUAAGAUCUGCAUGUCAAGUUGAAAAUUCACCUCUGUUAGUAAUGGCUUAUAUCCAGUUUGUAGCUGCACAUACUAUUAACGAUGGAGUUAUUGAUAUGCUCGAUCACGUCAUUGACAUGGCACAAUUAAUUGUGGAACGGAGUACUAUGUUUCAGCACAUUAUACCAGCGAAUGGGGAUCUAUUACUGGGACAUAAUGACAGCAAUUUCGCUGAAUGUCAGUUUCAAACUUUAAAAUGUCUUUUUGUUAUGUUCAAUAAUUAUAUUAUUCGUCUAAGAGAACACAGAGAGCCUUAUGAAUGGACUGAAUACCCAGACUUACUUAUGGUCCAAUUCGAGGAUGGAGCACAAUUGCCUCUUCAUUUAAACAUUAUUCAUGCCUUUAUAAUCUUAUUAACACAGUCUAGCAGUCAAAUGCCUGAAUCGCUUCCAAUUUUGGAUUACUGGUUUCCCCCAGGUCGGAGACCGCCAUCUGGCUUCUUACCGAAUAUGCCACAUGAAGCAGUGCAACUGUUACCUGAUUGGCUAAAAUUGAAAAUGAUUCGCUCUUCAGUUGACCGCUUGAUUGAAGCGGCUCUCUUAGAUCUUACUCCAGAUCAAAUUGUUCUGUUUGUACAAAAUUUCGGAACACCAGUGAUUUCCAUGUCAAAGUUAUUAGCCUUGUUGGACCAUGCUGUGAAUGAGGAACUGGAACUUGUUAAAAGUGCAAUACUUAACAAAGCUUACUUAGCUCAAUUGAUUGAAAUUCAACAAAAACGAGGAGCAAAAAAUGGUCAUUUUACUGUAAAAGCCCUUGAAUUGUACUCUCAUUCACAAACUGUCCCAGAUAAUCCAAGGCAAACUCAUACAGGUUUAGGCCUCUUAAGUUUCGAGAAAAGCUUCCAACCUUUAGCAACUACAUCUCAUUAUCGAGUAAAUAAAGAUAUUGAAGACAUAAUUGGGGAUGUAUUAAAAACUUCGCAUUACCAUUGCCUAAGUUGUAUUCGAUUUCGUAGGUUAAUUAAUCAUUUCCUUGAUAGAGAUUUUUUGUUAACUAAAAAUCGUAGAGAACUUAUGACCAGUCACUUGAAAAAGGGCUGGAUAUGCUUAUUGCGGAUUAUUGAUAGAUACAAGCGUUUAAUUUCCCAACAAACAACAUCGCAAAUAAAACAUACGUGCACAUUUUUAAGAGUACUUCUAAAACAAAAAUUUAUUACUUCGAAUGAAUUCGGUGUUUUAUUUGAGAAACUGACUGAAUGUGAAACUUUGUGGGAAGUAGAAAUGAAUUUAAAAGGAAACAUUUAUGUGUAUAUAAAAAGUUUGGUCAUAAUAAUAAAACGGAAAGAGAAUGAAUUUUUUCAAAUAUCUUCAAAAGCUUUCGGAAGUAUUGCACGUAAACCGACCAUAGAAGACAUUAAAAUGUUAUUUGGUUUAAAAAAAGAGAAAAUAUCGGGGGAGGUGGAAUUUUUGUGCCAUUGUGGAUUAAUUGUCGACCGAUUAUGUGAAAUAGAUUCAGAGUUCACAAACUUACGCAAGCAGAAUCAGAUUGGCCUUUUAUUUACAAAAAACUGUGCAGAUUUUCGGUUCCAUAUGCUUUCCUUAAUAUGUCAUCAAAUGAGUUGGGGAACAGUACUAUUUACUUUGAAAUUAUUAAUGCAUGAAAUGCAACAAAAUAUUGAUUCUAGUACCGCUCUCAAUUUCGUUGAAGCGCUUAUUAAUAAUCCAAAACUUUGGCAAGGUCGAGACAAAAGUAUAUCUAAAACCAAUUUUCCGGAAAUUAUGUUUUUAUUAGACGAAGUCGAGAUGAAUGCUUUAAUUAGUUUUAUUAUAAAUGAAGCCGAUUCAAGCUUCCAUUCUAUUUUAGAAGUUCACGAUUAUAAAAUUUGCUCACGCAUUAGCCUCCUAUUUAGAAUAACAAGAAGGAAGCAUAAAGAUAUUUCCAAAUUAAUAGAAUAUAUGUUCAGGAAAUCAUGCCCCCAUUUGUUGAAGAUAAAGAUUAUUCACCAAAUGUAUCUUUUGCAUCCUUCUAUUCGCUUUAUGACAAACAAUUUAAAAGAACAUGAAACGAAAAUAACUACUUUAAGGGGUUGCAAAGCUGAUAAAGUAUCAAACUAUCUAAUUACUUGUCUUGGAAAUCUUUUCCUUAGGAAAGAUUUCGAAACACUUUCUAGUGAUAUUGAAAUGUUAAUACGAAAAUUUGCUGCAUCGCACCCUAUUUUAUUUUUACGUCAACUAGGUGUUUUAUCAUCUCUAAUACAAGGUAGGGCUCAAUUAGGUGUUCGCUUGUUGCGCGACGAAUAUCACUUUCAUCGUUUCAUUCAAAUAUUACGGGCACUGCAAUUAUUACAGCCCAUGUUAUUUGACGACAGUUAUAAAACUGAAUUUCAAGCAGCAUUGGAGUGUUAUUUUUCAUUUUUUAAGCAUCACAGCUUUAUUAAAGAGUCAUAUCACAUAUUAAUAAAAUUUGUUGAACUAUUACAAGCAUAUAUCAAUUCCAAUCCGUCUAGCGCGCUGCUAUAUCUUGAAAAAUAUGUUGGAAUUCUAAUGGAAUUAUCAAUUAAAUUUAAUUCCAUAACGUCAUUGCAUCAACUUGUACAAGGUAUAGCUCUUUUACAGCAAAAAGGUGUCACAAUAAAUGAGUUAAACGAUGAAGAAAAUAAGCACGAUUUUGAAUUAGAAGAGCAUGUAAAUAAUAAUAGCUUUAUUUCAACAGAUUGUGAAACUUCGGAAGCUACUUCAACAAAUUUGUUUGAAUCUAAUAAUAAAGGAGGAGUUCAGUUUUCUAUUUCUGCACCAUUUACAAAACCACUUACAUUGUCUCAACAUUUUACUGACCUUAUAACCAUAAUAAAAAACUCUAGUACGGAGGAAACUAUUUUAGGACCUUUACAGGAAAUAGAAAGUCUUACAUCUAAACGUUUUUCAUAUUUAAACGAGGUAUUUGAUCGGCUACUGGAGUUAAUAUUUUCUCCAAGUGCACAGAUACGCUCUAAUGCCUUUAUACUUUUAGUUCGCCAUUUAAAACAUAACCCGGGACGCUCUGACAUUAAUCUUUGCACCCUUAAUGCAUACAUUCAAUGCUUGAGGGAUGAUAAUUCAUCUGUUGCCACAACCGCGGUAGACAACUUAGUUGAAAUGACUCUACUAUUGCAAGAGCAUACAGUUGAAAUACUUUCUGUGGCAUUUACUUUGGGAGUUAAAUCACAAUUAAACACUAGUACUCAAAUAAAACGGGUUUUGCAAACACUAAUGUUACAACAUGGAUACUAAUUUCAGACUUCCUACUAACCCAGACGUUACACAAUCAAUAAAAUAAAUUGCUUUCAAGUAACAAUACACCCACACUCUUCUACUACCACAAUCUCACUUUUCGAACUUGAACGCCUAGAAACCAAUUUUUCCAGUAAAGUCGUCGAGUAAUUUGACGACGAAGUUAAAACAGCUGAUAACAUAGUUUUAGAAACAAAUACUAAUUGUUUGGAAUAUGGAUAUUUCCUUGUAUUAAUGGAUUAAUAUCAAAAUAUGUAUAUCAAUUAAUUUUAGCAGGAAUUGAAUGUCUGUGUCUCUCGAAUAACUUGUAGGGUAGAACAAGUAACGUUCAAAAAAGCAAAAAAUAUGGAAUUGGAAUAUAUUCAAGCUGUUUUCGUUUCCCAUUCCAUCUUUUCGUUAAAUAAUAAUAUUGUGCAAAACUCUCAAAAUUUUUUAGUUGUUUCCAUGGUGAUGGCAUAUGAAACUGUUAUUGACUAUCAAGUUGCUUGUGGCAUCACAACUGUCAAUUUAAAUCAGUUGUUACACGUAGUUUCAAUCAACUUCAAAUCAAGCGAUCUUGUAACUAAAGCGGAAACGAAUAGAUUUGGACAAAUGGAAAUAAAAGGGACUUAUAAAUAAAUCUGCUUUUUUUUUAGUUUUAAUUAAGUAUUGUGUGUUAAUACGCUAUAUAGUAAUUGCACUAAGAAUUGAGAUGGAACACUUGAUACAAUAUAAGUUUGUACUUAAAACUUUAUUUGUUUGAUACAGCUUAAAAUAAAUUUAGAUAUCAAAUUAAUUUAAAGUCAUGCACCAUAAAGAUAAUUUAACACUCUUGUCAAUUUUAAACUGUAUGAUGUACAUUUGUAAAUUUAUGUUAAAAUAAAUAUGGAAUUUGAUAAUUUGUUUUAAUAUAUAA